UGUCGUAAAAACAUGGAAGAAGAAAAAGGAAGUGAAGGCGGACGCUAAUAAAUAAGUCAGUGUUGUUAUUUGUUCGCUGUUAUGUAAAUAUUUAUGUCGUACAAGAGACAUAUUUAAUUAUUUAUUUCAGGGUAGAACGUCUCAUUCUGCGAGAAUGUUUGCGUUGCUUAGCUAGUUAGUACUGUAAAGCUGAGAAGCGUCUCGUGCUAGUUAGCUUAGCUUGUUAGCUUCUGCGUAAAGUGUUGUGAUUGUGUGAAAAUGUGAGUGUAAAGUGUUGUGAUUGUGUGGAAAAAGUGAGUGUAAAGUGUUGUGAUUGUGUGAAAAAGUGAGUGUAAAGUGUUGUGAUUGUGUGAACAUGUGCGAAAGAACGACAGCAAAGUACGAGGCGGAACUUUCUAGAACAAAAGAGGAGGAGAAUCAACUACUGGACGCUGUUUUCAAGAAACAUCAAGUUGUGUUACACAGAACAGACGUCCAUCAGCCCCCCCACAUUAAAGAGGAAGAGGAGGAAGUGUGGAUCACUCAGGAGGAAGAGUGUCUUCUCGGGCAGGAGGAGGCUGAUCUCAGCAAGUUUCCACUGACUGUUGUCUCUGUGAAGACUGAAGAGCAUGAAGACAAACCACCUGAGUCCUCACAGCUUCAUCACAGUCCAAACCUUGAUAAAGAAACACAAGAGCUACAGCCCCACCACAUUAAAGAGGAAGAAGAGGUACCACAUUCCCAACACAUUAAAGAGGGAGGAGAGGGGCCACAGCCCCCCCACAUUAAAGAGGAACACGAGACGCCACAGACCCAUAGUGUUAAACUGACCCUUCACAAUAAAGGGCAAGUGGAGGACCCACUGAUCUUACACAUCAAAAAUGAAGAGGAGGAACACAGUAUCAGUCAGCCUAUAUGGUUGGAGGAGUUCCCAGUGACUGGUGUCCCUGUGAAGAGUGAAGAUGAUGAGGUCAAAGGUGAAAGUGAGGAGAAGAGAGAGGCGGAGCCUCCAAGCAGCAGCUCAACACAACACAUGACAACAGAAGCUGAUGGAGACCACUGUGGAGGAUCACAAGCAGACAAGCUCUUAGCUCCACUAUCAGAUAGUGAGGACACAACGUCACACUCUCCUGACACUGAUGAUGAAGACUCUAAAGAUGAUAAGACAUGUCACACUCACUUCAAAUGUUCUCACUGUGACAAAACCUUUAAAUACAAUUGUCAUCUGAAAACACACACGAGAAUACACACCGGAGAAAAACCUUUUAUCUGUUCAAUCUGUGGUAAAGGUUUUACACACAGUCAGAGUUUGAAAAAACACACAAUGUCACACACUGGAGAAAAAUCUUUUAUAUGUUUAAUCUGUGGUAAAGGUUUCGUACUAAAUCACAAUUUGAAAGCACACAUGAGAACACACACUGGUGAAAAAACGUUUUCCUGUUCAAUCUGUGGUAAAGGUUUUGCGCAAAGUUCAAAUAUGGAAGAACACAGAAGAAUACACACUGGAGAAAAACCUUUUUCCUGUUCAACCUGUGGUAAAGGUUUUACACAAAGUCAGUCUUUGAAAGUGCACACAAGAACACACACUGGAGAAAAACCUUGUAUCUGUUCAAUCUGUGGUAAAGGUUUUACACAAAGUCAACAUUUGAAAAAACACACGAGAACACACACUGGUGAAAAAUCACAUUGCUGUUCAAUCUGCAACAGAAGCUUUUGUGAACGAUCAAACCUUGUAGCACACAUGAGAACACACACAGGAGAGAAAGUGUUGAGUUGCAGUGUGUGUGGUGAAAGAUUGUCUUCUAAGUACCAGUGUAAGAAACACAAGUGUGCUGGUGAGAACAGCAGCAGCAAAUGAAACUGCAGGAUUUUAAAUAAACUGUCAAGACUUUAAUUUGGACUUUCUAACAACAUUGUGUACUUAAAUUAAAAAUGUAACAGAACAAUAUGACAGUGCAAUACAUUUUUUUUUUACAUAUAAUAAAUAUUGUAUGUGUAUAUAUAUUCAUAAUAUCAUUUUAGACUUAUUCAUUAUAGUGUGUUAUAUAGGUGUUUGAAAUAUUGAAGUAUUACAUAUUUUUAUUUCUAAUUGUCAAUAAUCCCAUAGAUUAUCACCUUUAUAUGAUAUACAUAUGUACUGGUUCACAUCUGAAACAUCUUCUGGACCACUUCAUUAAUAUUUACUUUAUACAUCAUUUGAACAGUUGUCCUUUAUACCAUUUUAUAAUUUUAUGAAUCAUUUGUUGGGUCUCUAUAAUCCAUUUUAUUAAUUAUCUGUAUCACUCUCUUUUGUAAUAUGAUGAUUGUGUUGUGAUUGUUUUAUAUGUAUGUCCCCAGACCUUUAUGCAAUAUAAAAGUGAAAGAAAAUGGCUGAAUUGUUUGUGGAAGGAUG